GCGGCUCUUGUGUGUGCUGGACCACUCCACAACCAGCUUCAAGAUGGCGCAAACACUGCACAGUGUGUUUCUCCUCUUCUGCUUCGCUAUCAGUUACACCACCCUAGCCGUUAUCCUCAGAACCGCAGAGAAGACGGUCUGGACCAACGAGUUUGACUCGGCCGAGCUGUCGUGUCUGAUCGAGUCCAUCUCCACCAACAACCCCCGAAUAGAAUGGAAGAAGAUCAAGAACGGAGUGCCCAGCUAUGUCUACUUCCAGAACAAGAUCUCAGGUGACCUGGAGCACCGGGCGCGUCUGCGAGAGCCGGCCAACCUGGUCAUUCUGAACGCCAGCCGCUCGGACACGGCCCAGUACAGGUGUGAGGUGGCGGCCAUAGACGACCACAAACCCUUUGAUGAGAUACUCAUCAGCCUCGCCGUCAGAGUGAAACCAGAGGUCCCACGCUGCACGGUACCGGACUCUGCCACGGUGGGUUCCUCAGUUGAACUGCGCUGUCUGGAGAACGAGGGGUUCCCCGCGUCCCAAUACCAGUGGUACCGCAACGACGAGGAGCUCCCAGAGGACCCCAAGGCCAGUCCGCGGUUCCUCAACUCCUCCUACACGGUUAACAAGGACUUAGGAACCCUGAAGUUCGACGUGCUGCAGAAGGCCGAUGCAGGGGACUACUACUGCAUGGCCAAGAAUGAAGCGGGCCAGGCCAAGUGCAGAGCUCAGCUCAUGGAAGUCUAUGACCUGAACAUCAUGGCGAUUGUCCUGAAGAUCGUGGGCGUAGCGCUAGCGGCCAUUUUUGUGUUGGUGUGUCUCUGCCAAGUCUGUAAAAAGAUCUCCUGCAAGAAGGACGACGACAAUUACAAAGCACCCCGGCAUGAUGAUGGAGUCGACUACAUCACUGCUGAUGAGGGCCACUUUCGCCACAAGUCAUCCUUCGUUAUCUGAAGAAAACGGAGGGGUCACUUUGGGCAGAGAAACAAGUGAGAGGACAAGCCACGGACGAAACAGAAGAAGUAAAAGAAAAAGGAGAAGAAAUAAGAAAAAUCUCUGCCUUUCGCAAAAACAAGGAGGCGUUUUUUUGGUUGAACUAUUUAUCUCAGAGGUGCAUCAACAACAACAAAGACCCUUUUCGUUAUUCAUUGGCCAAAUACGCGCUGAAGAGCUCAUGCAAUAUUUGAAGUAUUCAGUGCACAGCAAUAAUGAGUACACCCCUUUUGAAACGUAACAUUUUGAACAAUAUUUCAAUAAACCCACAAGUUAUUUCCAAAAUGUGGAAACAGUAAGUUUAAUACGACAACAGUGAAGCUUACCACAGGAAAAGUAGGUUUUAUAGCCUACUGUUUGAUAAAAAAUAAGUCUGUAAAUAAUCCUUAAACUCUUGAGACCGAGAUUGAAUGCUUGAUCAAUUACUAAAAUGUUUCUUUUCUAAGAGAGUUUCAUUUGGGUGUACUCAUUUCUGCACCACCUUAACAUACUCAAAACUGAAAAAAAAGUUGUAUGUAAGUCACAUUAUAGUUUUAUGUUCAACAUAUUAAACUUGGAUAUCUUUUGCGUUUAUUGAAAUAUUGUUCAAAAUGUUACUUUUCAAAAGGGGUGUACUCAUUAUUGCUGUGCACUGAACGUAUAUAUAUAUAUAAAUAUAAAUAUAAAUAUAUACAGUUUAUAUUUUUUGAAUUGUGUUUCAAAACAAAUGCUGUUUCAGUUGCCAAUGCCCUGUGCACUCAUUAUUUUCAGUGUUUUAUUUUUUGUUGAUUGCAAUGUCUUUUCAUGCAUUCCUGUUGUACAAUCCUGUUUUUGUUUUUUUCUUCCUUUUAUUACUGUAUUGCUCAGUGCCAGUAUUACUGUACAUGUCUGCAUAUACACACACACACACUUUAUACACACAGUCACUGACACACACUCACACAUGCACAAACACGCUUGCGCACACACUGACCAUUACCGUGCCAUGCCAAGACUGUCUUAUAGUGGCCAGUGUAAAUCAUGGGUGUGGUGGUGUGUGUUUUUGUGUAAAUAGUUUUGGACGUUCGAUUAAAGCUAUGCUCUGCUGUGAAGUGUGUGUGUGAGAGAGAGAGAGCGCGAGAGUGAGACCGUGUGUGUGUGUGUGUGUGUGUGUGUGUGUGUGUGUGUGUGUGUGUGCGCGUGUGUGUGUGGGUGUGUGUGGCGCAUGCUUGAGUGGCUCUGUAUGAGACAGCAGACAGUCUUGUUCAUGCAAAACGAUGAUGAUGCUGAAGAUGACGAUGAUGUAAGCUGAAGUGAGGAGCGUUCUGGACGUGUGAUUAGCUGGCUUCACAUGUUGUCCUGAGAUUAUACACUGUGGACACCAGAGGCCAAACAGAGGGUCUUGGGAGUACAACUACAACACUGUAACGGGGAAGUGACAAACCUGGUUGACUCAACACCGAGAUGGCCACAGAUCUGUGGACUAUACUAAGAAGCUGGUUCAGGAAUAAACCAGGUUAAGUUGAGAGAUAAAUCAUCUAACA